CCCUUUGUCACCAUACAUAUUGACCAUUAUGGUCCAUUAGAAAAAACUUCGACAGGUAAAAGAUAUAUUUUUGAGAUCAUUGAUUGUUUCACUAAAUUCGUAAAACUGUAUGCAAUCAAGAGCACCAAAACUUGUGAAGUAAUCAAUCAGUUAGAAAAUUAUUUUAGGCACUAUAGUGUAUCAUUACGUCUUGUAUCCGAUCGGGGAUCCUGUUUUACCUCUAAUGAGUUCGAAAAGUUUGUUCAAGAACAUAUGAUUCAGCAUAUUAAAGUCGCGACGGGGUCACCAAAAUCAAACGGUCAGAUCGAAAGAAUCAAUCGAGACUUAACACCAAUGUUGUCAAAAUUGGCUAUUUUAACAAACAAAUCCACUGGUAAUUCUCCAUCCGUUUUAUUGUUCGGUAUUAGUCAAAACGAUCCUAGCGAUCCUUUAAGAAAUUCAUUGGGCGCUGAAGCUGAAAAAGAAGAUGACUUAGCCGAGGUUCGAGAAAAGGCUCAGUCUCAGAAUGAAAAGUUACAAGCAUACAAUAAGCGCAUGUAUGACCAAAAACAUAGACCUCCUAAACCGUACAAUUUCGGUGAUUAUGUGAUGAUAAAAAACAUAGAUGUUACACCAGGUAUUAAUAAAAAACUUUUACCUAGGUAUCGUGGUCCCUACGAAAUCAAGAAGUCAUUAGGCAAUGAUCGUUAUUGGAUUACAGACGUUGAAGGUUUCCAAGUAACGCAAAUCCCAUUUGAGGGAGUAUGUUGUCCUGAGAAUAUGAAGCUUUGGCUUCAAUAA